AUGCGGCCAAAACGAGCAUUCUACAUCGCUCAACACACUCCCGACGCCUCACCACGACUUGGACCACUGCGUUCCCCGCCGUCUCCAAUGCUCGGUUUCAACCAGCGCGCCCUCCCUCAACCGGGGAGUAUGAGCGUGCCGCGGCCGAUCCGUCGACCGCGCAAGAUCCUCUACGUCGUCAUCGUCUUAGGCCUCCUCUACUGGUUUGGCAUUCGGCAUCACCUCGGCAAAGAGAUGGAGGACCCGUUACCGCUCGGAUUUGCGCCUGAGCACGGCCACCGGCGGAGACCACGCACCAUGACCUUUACGCGGAAUGGCUUGGCAACGCUCAACCCGUUGCGGCGCGGUGCACCACAGCCAGAACAUCCGUUCUAUGAACUGAUGGAGCGCGGCGAGGAGACGUGGCGUCUCGUGCGCGAUCGCCAGAGCAAGAAUGUCGAGCAGGCGGCGCGCGAGUACAAGCGCCGGUAUGGGAUGGACCCACCCGAGGGGUUUGACAAGUGGUUUGCGUGGGCAAAGGAACGCGGCGUCGAGCUUGUCGACGAGUACGACCUGAUGAUGAGGGAUAUUCUCGCACACCACGCACUCGAGCCUGCGACGUUUAUUGCCCGCUCGCAGGGGCUCGCGAGCACAGAACAACACGCGUACCAGAUCAACAUUUCGCGCGAGAGCGUCAAGCUGUCGGGCAAGCGCGCAAAUGCAGGGCGGCCCAAGAAGCUCGCAGCGCUGAUCGAUUCGUUCCGCACCGCGCUGCCACCCAACCUCAACCUCGCAAUGACGGGAAGCGACCACGACGUCAGCGGUGUCGUGUUAGGCAAGGAUCAGCGGAAGCGGGCCAAGGAGCUCGUGAGCUCAGGGGCGCACUUUACGGCCGAGGAGCUGCGACACUACGAGAACCCCCGGCGCACAACAGCGUGGGGUUGGUUCAAGGCGUGCCCGCUCGACUCGCCGGCCAACAUGCUCUCCGGUGCCGAAGACGGUGAGACGCAUGAGAAGGCAUUCAUCCACGACCACGUCGCGACGAUGGACUUUUGCGAGUUUCCCAACCUCAAGCGCCUGCACGGCGCGUUACAGGUCGACCGUGAGGACCGCUCGCCGAGCGUACUCAAGCCGUGGUUUGUGCACUCGAAGCUGCCGGGCGACGCGAGCUUCCUCCUCCCCCCGCUCGAGGGCUUUGUCAACCUGACCGACAAGGCGAUCGCCGACAUUGGCAAGUGGGAGGACAAGCUCGACCCACGUGUACACUGGCGCGGAGGUACGACUGGCGGUCUCCCAACCCAGACCGACUGGCGCGACCAGCACCGCUACCGCCUGCACCUCAUGUUUAACGGGCGGAAAGGCAACGACAGCGAUUGGGAAGAGACCGUGUCCAAUGUCAUGCUCCCAGACGGGCGGGGCGGCUACACCCGCACCGACCGGCACGGCGCGCAGCUCGCCAAAGAAUAUGGCGACGUCAAGCUCAGCGGCAAGAUCAUCGGCUGCCCAAACGAGGCGCUGUGCGAGGAGAUCAAGGCCGAGAUUGAGACGUCCCCCAUGCUGCCGGCGAACAACACGUGGAUGUUCCGAUACAUGCUCGACGUCGAUGGUAACGGGUGGAGUGAGCGCUUCCAUCGUCUCCUAUCGAGCGCGUCGCCUGUGCUCAAGAUGACAAUCUUUGCCGAUUGGCACAUGGAUCGCCUCAUUCCCUGGUACCACUAUAUCCCUAUCCAGGCCGACUAUUCUGACCUGUACGACGUGCUGGCCUUCUUCAUAGGCCCGACGCGCCAAGACGGCACGAUCGACCACGAGCGCGGACACGACUACCUGGGCAAAAAGAUUGGCAAGGCCGGACAGGACUUUACGCUCCAGCACUGGCGCUGGGUCGACAUGCAGGCUUAUAUGUACCGUCUCCUUCUCGAGCUGCAUCGCCUACACCAGCUCGACCGCGCCAAAGCGAGUUACCACCCCUAA